AUGGGUUUGCUGUGCUCCAAGCUGGGCGACUGCUGUUGUUUCCAAUCCGUCAGCUGUUGUCGUAGGAUUUCCCCGCCUCCGAUGGAGGAAUUCCAGGUGCUCGUCCUUGGACCCGCGGGUAGUGGCAAAACAGAGCUGGGUCAUCGUUUAAGCCGAUCUCCGAGAGCUGCAGACGACCAGGAGGCCACGAAUGGAGUGCGUUGCUAUGGGGUUUCCGGGGAGGAGCUGCCUGCGAAACUCCAACUCACCGAAGUGGGUGGGAAUAUGGAGAUGCAGCGCCUGUGGAAGCACUACUACGCCUCCUCGCACGCCCUGAUAUAUUGCUUCGAUCUGGGUUCGGAUCCGGAGGAGCUACAGGCCACAUUCUCGCUGCUAACCGACUGCCUGCAGGGCACUCAGCUGGCUGGGAAGCCGGUGCUCCUGGUGGCCUCGCGCCAUCGCGAAGGAGUCCAGUUGUACGACGUGGAGUACGCCUUCGCACUGGAGGAGUUGGCCAAGUCCUGCGGAUGUCCCCUGCUCAUCUGCCACAUGGACGAGCCCGAGGAGCUGCAGCGAGCUGUCCGAUGGCUAUGCCACCAGUUGAUGGCCAGGAAGUCGCAGUUGGAGCAGCGCAUCCGAUACGAUGUAAAUAUGCAGGUUUGGCAACGUCGAAAGCGAUCGCUUUUAUCCAGCGGAAAAUUGGCUCAAGUGCAUAGACAUCGGUUUAGACGGCAGACCAGGAAGGUGAGUGCCAUACUUAAAAAUACAGGAAUUAAUUAA